GGGGGGGGGGAGGGGCGGGGACGUUGGACACGGGACCGGCUCGGGAGUGUGUGUGUGUGUGUGUCCAGGCAGACAAUGCGGUCUCAGUUGUCACAAUCUCAGUCGUGGGUUGAUUUUGGGAUAAGUCGUGUUUUCCUUUCCCUGACGACGCGGCGUUCGCGGAUAAGAGACAAGGGCGGUUUCGAUGUGAUGCACAUAGAAGAAGCACAUCUUCCCCCCUCACCAUCACCAAGGGGGCCCUUCCAUCGCGCAGACCAUGGCCUGCCGACUCGCUGCCGGGGAAGGGGACAUAAGAUCUGGUUUUGCGGGAUCCCCAGUAGGACCCGUCCCGUCAUAUCAUCCCAAACAACCAAAAAGAGCCAACAGGGGCGACCCGUGAUCCUCUCCCUCCCUCCCUCCCUCCCGUCCCCGUCCCGGCUACGAAUAGCGAGAUAUCAUCACGGUUCUCGAGUACGACUGCCCAUACGUAGACCUAUAAUUCCCAACCCCGCCGUGCGAAGGCACCAAAGCCUGACCUCCUCCCCUUUAGACGCGCCGUCGCCAGUCGUCCAGCCAGCGCGCUUAGCCGGCGGGGGGGGGGGGGGGGGGGGGGCGUCGAUAGACGCGUGCUGAGCUGUCGCCGUGGGCGCCCACAAGUCCAGGCCGAGGACGAGGUUGAUUGUGCCUCUUCUUCCCCCCCCAAACAAGCUCUACAACUUAGCAGUAGUAGCAGUUGUAGUGGACUUCUCGGUGGUGGGUGUCUUUGACUCAGACCGAAGCAACCCCCCCACCGCCCGAUCCGUUGUUUUUCUGCUGUUUGUAGUACCUACCCAUCCAAGACAACAAAAGACAAGGCAGACGAACAAGACGACGCCA